AUGGCAUCCCGGACCGGCCUCGACGCGUCGCCCGACCGGGUGCCAACGGCGCACUCGACUGACGGCACGUUCGGUCCCAACAGCGCCGGCGACGACAACCUCGACGACGACGACGACGACGAUGACGUGUACAUGCCAGUGCAGUUCUCACCCAGGCCUGGCGCAAGGAAACGACUGAGCUCGCCGUCGUGGCGCGCGUCCCGCCGUAGCACGUCGCGGCACCAGCUCAGCCGCCUCGAGUCGAUGCUCCAUGAAGAGCACUCGAAAGCGCUCAUCCCGGCGCCGAUCCUGUACGCGACGAUCAUCGUCGCGCUCAUGGGCUCGUUCCAGUUUGGUUGGCUCAUGUCCCAGCUCAACUUUCGGCCCUUUGACGACAACUGCGCGCUGCGUCCGAUCCCGGAGAAUGACUGCAUCAUGUUUCGCGGCCACUCGGAGAACGAGUGGACAAUGGCGGUCUCGGCGUGGAUCCUCGGCGGCGCCAUUGGCGCCAUGGGCAGCGGGUACCCUGCCGACAAGUACGGCCGGCAGAAAACGCUGCUGCUCAAUGCGAUCGUCAUGAUCGCCGGCGGCCUCCUCCAAGCCAUUUCGAGUGAGAUCUACCUCUUCUCGAUCGGCCGGCUCGUCUCGGGGAUUGCGUCCGGCGCCGCCAUCAACGUCUGCAACGUGCUCAUCUCGGAAAUCUCGCCGUGCCACAUGCGCGGCAUGUUCUCAACCGGGCUUCAGGUCGGCGUCGCGUUCGGGUCCUUGGCGGUAACCACGGUCCACUACUUUGUCGGGUACGGCGACGGCUGGCGCGUCCUCGUCGGGUUUCCGAUCGUGCUCGGCUUUAUCCAAAUGCUCUUGUUCCCGCUCACAACGAAAAGCCCGGUCUGGCUCAUCGCGCAAGGCGACCACGACGGCGCGCUCGACGAGCUCAAGCGUUUGUACCGUCCGUGCAACACGGACGCGAUCGUGAACGCGUUGAUCGCGGCCCACGACGAAGAGGAGCACGAGGUCCUUGGCAUCAAUCCGUGGCGCGCGCUCUUCUCCAAGAAAUACCGCAAGCAGCUCAUCAUUGCGAUCGUGCUCUGCUCGGCGCAGCAGCUCUGCGGUAUCAACGCCAUCAUGUACUACUCGUCGUCCAUCUUUUAUCACGCCGGCGUCACCGACCCGCGCAUUGGCAACACGAUCGUCAACGUCGUGCGCACGGGCGGUAUCCUCGUCGCCGCGCGCAUCAUGGACAAGGUGCAGCGGCGCACGCUGCUGCUCAACUUCAUGUCGCUCAUGGUGCUGGCGUCCAUCGGCGUCGUCGUCUCGCUCACGCAAGGCUUCUCGACGCUCUCGAUUGUCUCGGCGACGGUCUUUGUCGGCGCCUUUUGCUUCUCGAUCGGCCCCAUGGCGUGGAUGGUCACGGGCGAAAUCUUUCCCGACUUUUUACACGCGAGCGCCGGCGCCCUCGGCACGAUGGCGACGUGGGUCGCCAACCUCCUCGUGGGCAUUCUGUACCCGACGCUGUCCGAGAAGGAAGCGCUCGGCGACUAUGCGUUUUUGAUUUUUGUCGCGACGCUCGUCGGCUACACGCUGUUUGUCUACUUUGUCGUGCCCGAGACGGGCCAAAAGACCUUUGACGAGAUCCAGGAGCUCUUCAACAUAUCGCCUGCGCCGCCAACGAUCGAUCUGGACGACGCCGACCCGUGGGGCGAGUACAUUUAA